AUGGUUGAUCGCCGUAUAGGGUACAUGGUAUUGCAUUCACAUGUGUCGUGUGAAUUGUGUUACAUCAAACCAUGGGGUCAAGGGACUACAAUCCCAUACGAGAUGAAUGAGCAUCGAGUCCUUGGUUUGACUAAGUGUAGCUGGGGGGCUAAGUGCGCUCGAAUCCGCAACAAUUUCCUUGAUAUUCAGACUCGCAUUCGGGAACUCCUGCUUGACGCUCAGAAGUCGUGGGAAGACAUUGGCAAUCCUCGUCCGACGCAACAUAAUCGCCUGAAGUGCUUGGGGGAUAUUGUUUACAGCCACGAAGCUAUCGCGAAGAGAGCCCUGGAGAAACCUGGGCUCUCAGGAGACGGGUUGAGCGUGCGGGCCAAGAUCAUGGAUGCGAACAAGCGAUUUGAAAAGUUGAUGCAUGACUGCGGCCACAAGCAUCAGUUCGAAGAUACAGAGAUGGAUCCCUUGGAGGAACUAGCUAAGAUGGCAGAACUCAGUGGACAUCCCGGUGAGACGAGCUCUACACUCUCGGUUUUGGGGGGUGUAGGAUCUCCCUUCUCGUUCAAUGGACAGCCAACCACUACUCCGAGCCCUCGCACCCCGCAGCCAACUCCAGAAAUGCACCACACUUCUCCAUAUCGAUUCUCCGCCCGCAGUGAUGUUGUUAAGACUCUACUCAACGAAAGAAGAGCUGCGUGUCUUCUAGGGUAUGCAGCUCCCCGGAGUUGUCAAUCCGGAAGUCAUGCCCUCGCUCUUCGAAAAGCAGACGGAAACAUGGCAGGAAAUAGCCGAAGAGCAUGUCCACGCAGUUGCAAAACAGGUGGCAGAGACAUCACAAGAAAUGCUGAGAAAUAUCUGCUCACGUACUGUGGGGUCUGCUAUACUUCAUGA